CUUUGUAGUAAAAAAAAUUGCUGUCCCUGUGACUUUAAGACAAUUUGGCAUCGCUCAGCCAAUCAGAUCAACGAAGGGGGAGGGAAGGGAGCGGGUGGGUAGCAACAGUUGCCCUGGUGAGGACGAAGCGCCAUAGCCACGGUAGCCCUGGCGACAAGAACCCAGCAACGAGAAUCAACAACAACAACAACUGAAUCCGCCGUAAAAAUUAAAGAAGAUAUUUUACCGUGGGGAAAUACACACGUGGAACUAGAGGGUGAUUCCCAGCUUUUGUAAUGGCCUCCUCAGGCUACGUAGGUGAGAUCCAGCCGGCAGCCCAACCCCAGGGGGCUGGUGUUUCCGUCACACCGGGGCAACCUGACACCAGCUCCACUCCUGCAACUGCCCCUCAGUUUCUUGCUGAGAUUCAGACUACUGUGGCUACUCCCACUGUUGUCACACCCACAGGCCAAGCUACUCCCACUGAACAAGCCACUUCCAUCACCACUCAAAAGCCUGCAGCUGGUAGUCAAGCCCAGUCCACAGCACAGGCCCAGCCAGCUCAGACUCAGUAUGUAACUGCAGAGAUCCAGGGCUCCCCGACACAGUCUGGAAAUGCUCAAAGCACUCCCCAGUACAUUGUUGUUACAGUUACAGAGGGCUCUCUUCACUCAAGUGACAGCGUGUCGGACUCUAGUCCCCCUCCAGCUGUGGUGCAGACAGGAGUUCCCACACAGGUUGUUCAGCAGGUACAGACAGCUCAACAGAGGUCCGUGGUGCAGGCCACCGCUCAGAUAGCCAAGACUGAGCCAGGAACCCAGCUCAGUGUCACUAGUCUACAGCCUGUUCAUAUCAGCCAGGAAGUCCAGCAGCAGCUCACACCAGUGCCAGUCCAGCACGUGUACACCAAUCAAGUUCAGUAUGUGGAAGGAGGAGAUACCAACUACACCACCAGCACCAUUCGCUCCAGCACCUUUCCUUACACUGACACACCCCUGUACACCCAAACGACAGCUGCCCAGUAUUAUGAAGGUCAGCCAACAUCAGGCUCACAGGCCUCUACCCCUGGCACCCCUCUAACCGUCUCUGUGACUGCUGGCACAACAGGGGCUGUAUCCAUGUUUGUGGCCCAGCCCACCAGUGCAGCAGGGGGAGGAACCACAGUAGUGACCACAGGUGGCACCACCAAUGGGUCAGGGGAUGGGGCAGGCACCAACGGUGGCGCAGCAAGCAGCUAUGUGAUCCAGGGGGGUUAUAUGCUGGGCAGCAGCAGUGGAGGGGCAACUGGCAACAGUCAGAACUACUCACACACCGCCCGCGCCUCUCCAGCCACUGUACAGUGGUUGCUGGACAACUAUGAGACAGCUGAAGGAGUGAGUCUGCCACGUUCAACCCUCUACUGCCACUAUCUGCUGCACUGCCAGGAGCAGAAACUAGAACCUGUUAAUGCUGCCUCUUUUGGGAAACUUAUUAGAUCUGUGUUCAUGGGGCUACGCACACGACGCUUGGGCACAAGGGGUAAUUCUAAAUACCACUACUAUGGGCUGAGGAUCAAGGCAGGCUCAUCUCUUCUCCGUCUGAUGGAAGACCAGCAACAUCUGGCCAUGAGGCAGCAGCCCUUCUCACAGAAACAGAGGUUGAAGCCUGUGCAUAAAGUGGAAGGAAUGACCAAUGGCACAGCAUCAGGAGCAGGCCAGCAGCAGCAACAGCAGCAGGGGUCAGGACACGUGGACAUCAGCACCCAGGUUCAGCAGUACCAGCAGUUCCUUGAUGCAUCCAGAGCUCUCCCAGAGUUCCCAGACAUUGACCUCCAGGGGAAGUCUCUGCCAGAGGGCAUCGAGCUGGAGCACAUAAAGAGCUUUCAGCUGCUGUACAGAGAACACUGUGAGGCCAUUCUGGAUGUGAUGGUCAACUUGCAGUUUACCCUGGUGGAAACACUGUGGAAGACCUUCUGGAGGUUCAGCCAGAGUCAGGCUGGAGAUGCCACGUUGGCUGUUCAUGAUGAGUCAGAGAAGCGUCUCCCUAAAUCCUGCCUGGUGUUGCUGUGCAAGUAUGAGCCAGUGCUGCGCUGGAGCCGUGAUUGUGACAACAGCCUGUACCAGGGCCUGGUGGAGAUCCUCAUCCCUGAUGUCCUCAGGCCCAUCCCCAGUGCCUUAACUCAAGCCAUCCGCAACUUUGCCAAGAGCCUGGAGAGCUGGCUGACCAACGCCAUGAUGAACAUCCCGGAGGAAAUGGUUCGCAUCAAGGUAACUUCAGCCAAUGCAUUUGCUCAGACACUGCGUCGCUACACCAGUCUGAACCACCUUGCCCAGGCGGCCCGAGCUGUCCUCCAGAACACAGCUCAGAUCAACCAGAUGCUCUCUGACCUCAACCGUGUUGACUUUGCUAACGUCCAGGAGCAGGCUUCAUGGGUGUGCCGGUGUGAAGACCGGGUUGUCCAGCGGCUGGAGCAGGACUUCAAGCUGACCCUUCAGCAGCAGAACUCCCUGGAGCAGUGGGCUGCAUGGCUGGAUGGUGUGGUCUCCCAGGUCCUAAAGCCGUACCAGCACAGCCCCGCCUUCCCUAAGGCCGCCAAGCUCUUCCUGCUCAAGUGGUCCUUUUACAGUUCCAUGGUGAUCAGGGACCUAACCCUGCGGAGUGCAGCCAGUUUUGGUUCCUUUCAUCUGAUCCGCCUGCUGUAUGACGAGUACAUGUACUACCUGAUAGAGCAUAGAGUAGCCCAGGCUAAAGGAGAGACCCCCAUUGCUGUCAUGGGAGAGUUUGCCAGUUUAGGCCGGGGUUUAAACCAGCUGGACCCUGACAAAGAAGAGGAUGAGGAAGAGGAGGACGAGAGUGAUGAGGAGGGUCAGGAGCUGUCCCUUCCCUCAGAUGGGGCCGUACUAGGAGAGGAGUCUCUGGAGCCUCCUGCCAAGCUCGCCAGAACCGACCAGAGAGUCCUCUUCACCACCGGGUCAGCUGACAACUAACCACAGAGUAACACUGCUAGAUGUGGGUUGAUUAUAUCAUAGAUCAUAAACACACACACACACACACACACAAACACGUA